UCUUAGCUCGACCAACCGGAAACAAGAAUGUUUUGAUGCGGAAGUUUUGCUCAUGGGUGUAAAACGCGGAGCUGUGUGUAGAGUUUCAAUGCAGUAAGAUGGGUGUAAUUGAGCAAAACAUGGCUGUCAGAUCUGCGAUCUGCGCAGGUGCCACGCAAUUUUUCACGCAUACAUUUUAUUUAACGGUUCAACUGAUAGACGGCAUGAGAGGGCAACCCUGGGAUGCCGGUGUGACAUACUUGUACUUAUGAUCUAGAAAUGGUUGAAACUGUAGUUCUGUAGUCCAGCAUAGCGGGGUUAGUUACUGUUGUACAAUUUUACGUCUGGUAAAGCAUGUUUCGGCAAGCGGUGCGCCAGGAACUUCGAUGCUUAAGUUUCAGUGGACGGCGUCAUACAUGGAGGCUGAAAAGUACUUCAGCAAGAGAGAGGGCUCUUCAGUACCAGCCAGGUCAGAAAAUCCAUGGCUUUACAGUCAAAGAGGUUGCAGCGGUCCCUGACUUGUUUCUCACAGCAGUGAAGUUGGCUCAUGAUAAAACUGGAGCUCAGUACCUGCAUGCAGCAAGAGAUGACUCGAACAAUCUCUUCAGUGUCCAGUUCAGGACGACCCCCAUGGAUAGCACGGGUGUCCCACACAUCCUGGAGCAUACAGUGCUCUGUGGAUCUGAAAAGUAUCCCUGUAGAGACCCCUUCUUCAAGAUGCUCAACAGGUCUCUAUCUACCUUCAUGAAUGCCUUCACAGCCAGCGACUACACCAUGUAUCCCUUCUCAACCCAAAACAGUAAAGACUUCCAGAAUCUGCUGUCCGUCUACCUGGAUGCAGUUUUCUUCCCUUGUUUACGAGAGCAGGAUUUCUGGCAGGAGGGCUGGAGGCUGGAGAAUGAAAUUCCCACAGAUCCCAGCACCCCACUGGUGUUUAAAGGAGUGGUGUUCAAUGAAAUGAAGGGGGCUUUUUCGGACAACGAGCGCUUGUACGCCCAGCACCUUCAGAACAAGCUGUAUCCAGACCACACCUACUCUGUGGUGUCAGGAGGGGAACCUCUGGCCAUCCCCGACCUUACCUGGGAGCAGCUCAGGCAGUUCCACGCCACACACUACCACCCCAGUAAUGCUAGGUUCUUCACCUACGGAGAUUUACCUUUGGAGCAGCAUCUGAAGCAGAUUGAAGAGGAAGCUCUGUCCAAGUUUGAACGCAUCAACCCAAACACAGAAGUCCCCCCCCAGCCACACUGGACCAGUCCUAGAGAGGACCACGUGAGCUGCAGCCCAGAUGCCCUGGCUCCAGAUCCAGCCAGGCAGAACACACUGUGUAUGAGCUACCUGCUGGGAGACAUCACUGACACGUUCGAAGGAUUCACUCUCAGCCUGCUGUCCUCUCUGAUGAUCUCAGGACCAAACUCUCCUUUCUACAAAGCUCUCAUUGAGCCCAAGAUUGGAACAGACUUCUCCUCUGUCGUAGGAUACGAUGGCAGCACCAAGGAGGCAUCGUUCAGCGUAGGACUGCAGGGAAUAGCUGAGCAUGACACAGAGAGGGUGAAGCAGCUCAUCAGCCAAACCAUCAACGACAUCAUAGAGAACGGCUUUGAGGAGGAAAGGGUCGAGGCUCUGCUCCAUAAGAUCGAGAUCCAGAUGAAACACCAGUCCACCAACUUUGGCCUGUCUCUGGCCUCGUACAUUGCUUCAUCGUGGAACCAUGACGGCGACCCAGUGGAGCUGCUGCAGAUCAGUGACAGCGUCGCCAAGUUCAGGCAGGCCCUGAGUGAGAACCCUCGCUUCCUCCAGGACAAAGUCAAGCACUACUUUAAGGAGAACACUCACAGACUGACCCUGACCAUGAGCCCAGAUCAGGCCUACCUGGAGAAGCAAGCCAAGGCUGAGGAAGAGAAGCUGCAGAGAAAGAUCCAUGGUCUGUCUGACGGUGACAGAAAAGAGAUCUAUGAGAAUGGUCUGGAGCUGCUGGCUGCUCAGAGUAAAACCCAGGACGCCUCCUGUCUGCCUGCUCUCAAAGUGUCUGACAUCGAGCCCACGAUACCUUUCACUCCUGUUCAAAUCGGCACUGCAGGAGGCGUGCCGGUGCAGUACUGUGAGCAGCCCACCAAUGGUUUGGUCUACUUCAGGGCCAUGUGUAGCCUCAACACCCUGCCAGAGGACCUCAAGCUCUAUGUCCCGCUCUUCUGCACUGUUAUUACCAAGAUGGGCGGUGGAGCUCUGGACUACAGGCAGCAGGCCCAGCUGAUGGAGCUGAGGACAGGGGGCAUGUCUGUUUCCCCCCAGGUCAUCCCUGACUCCACCCAGCUGGACGUGUACGAGCAGGGCGUCCUCCUGCUCUCCUCCUGCCUGGAGAGGAACCUUCCUCACAUGUUUCAGCUGUGGCGCGACAUAUUCAACAGCCCUCACUUUGACAACGAGGAGCGCCUCAGGGUGCUCGUGAUGAUGUCGGCACAGGAGCUGGCUAAUGGGAUCUCAUACUCUGGUCACCUCUACGCUAUGACCCGGGCGGGCCGACACCUGAGUCCAGCAGGAGACCUCCAGGAGACGUUUGGUGGAAUGGAACAGGUGAAGUUCAUGAAGAGGAUCACUGAGAUGUCUGACCUCAGCCAAGUGGUCAGAACGUUACCCAGGAUCAAAAAGCACAUUCUCAAUCCAGACAGCAUGAGGUGUGCAAUCAACGCAACUCCACAGAAACUGACUGACACAGCAGCACAGCUGGAGAGUUUUUUUAAGGAAGUUGCAGAGAACAGGAAAGAACGCAAACCUGUCAGUCCAAAUAUUAUUGAGAGACCGCUGGACCCUCUGGAUGAAUCCGGACCGAGCAGGAAACUCGUCUCAGAGCUGAACUUCCAGCCUUGUCAAAUGAAAACCUUCUUCCAAAUGCCCUUCCCUGUCAAUUUUGUCUGCAAGACUAUACGUACAGUUCCCUUCACCCACGAGGACUACGCCAGUCUGUGCAUCUUGGGGAGGAUGUUGACGGCUAAAUUCCUCCAUGGAGAGAUUCGAGAGAAGGGCGGAGCCUAUGGUGGCGGGGCCAGGGUGGGAGCAGGUGGUCUGUUCUCCUUUUACUCAUACAGGGAUCCCAACUCGGUGCAGACCUUGUCUGCGUUCUAUCGAGGCAUUGACUGGGCAAAGUCAGGACAGUUCACCCAGCAAGACAUCGAUGAAGCCAAACUGGCGGUGUUCUCAGCUGUCGACUCGCCCGUGGCCCCUGCAGACAAAGGAAUGAGUCGUUUCCUGAGUGGAGUCACAGACGAGAUGAAGCAGAGCCACAGAGAAAGACUUUUCGCUGUCAGUCAUAAAAACCUGGUGGAUGUGGCUGAAAGGUACCUCAGUGCCGGUCGGAGGACACAUGGCGUUACCAUCCUCGGCCCAGAAAACGAGACGAUAAGGAAAGACCCAUCAUGGAUUGUCAAGUAACAGCCAGCAGUCAGUCAUUGUGUGAGCAGCUGUCACUGUAUGUGAAGCCGCUUUCCUGCCGUUCGCACUGGUUCAGAUGGCUUAAGAGGCGUCGCU